GUAUAAAUAUGCUCCACGAAGAGCAGUGGGAUAUCAAACAGUUUCUAGCCUUCCGAAGAAGCAAAACACAAAAACACAAACUCACAUACCACCAUGUUCAAAUACGCCGUCGUCGUCCUCGCACUCGUUGCCUGUGCUGCUGCCAAGCCUGGACUCCUGGGUGCUCCCCUGGCUUACUCUGCUCCCCUGGCUUACUCUGCUCCCCUGGCUUACACUGCUCCUGCUGCCGUGGUAGCUGCUCCCGCUCCAGUUGUGACCGCCACCAGCAGCCAGGUGAUCGCCAGGAACUUCAAUGGAAUCGCCGCCGCUCCUGUGAUUGCUCCCGUGGCUGCGCCAGUGCUGGCCAAGUACGCUGCUGCUCCUCUGGCUGCUCCUCUGGCUGCUCCUCUGGCUGCUCCUCUGGCUGCUCCCUUGACCGCUCCCUUGGCCUACUCCUCGCCUUUGGCUUAUACAGCACCACUGAGCUACGGCGCUGUUCCUGCACCGCUCCUCAUCUAAGUUAUCAACCUGUAACCACCUAGGACGAAAUAAAAAUACAGAUUUAGUAAACA